CAAAGAAACACCUUUGCUCCCAUUACCCACAGCUCAGCAGAGUGGGGAAGCUAUCCCCAAAGGCAUUCCAGACUUUCCUUCAGUUAGUUGCUUCCGAGCUCACUGACGAUGAGGAUGAAGCUAUUGAUAACUUGGUGGAAUUUCUGACCACAAGAGUGGAACGCAGUCCCAUGGAGUGCUUGCAAAGCUUAACCAGGAGGAAGUGGCUGCACAAUAUCCAGCAAGCAGCUGAGACCAGCGGAGCAAGCAUGGAACCGGUUUACAAAGCAGUGUUUAAGGCUCUCUCCCAGGAUGCAGAAGCCCAUGGGGAUAACAAGAAGAUCAGUGCAUAUAUUGCCCUUUUGGAAGAGAACCAGCUCUCACCAGAGCGGGGACAGACUCUCCUACACUAUGUGGCAUGUACCACAGAUGACGCUCCAUAUGUUCUGGACCAGAUACUUUACAGAGACAUGAAAGGAGUAAGCUUUGCAGCUGUUGAAGAGGGAAAGCCACUCCACGUUCCAAGAGUUCAGCUCCAUGGAAAUAUCCACUUCUGGAACUAUGACCGCCCUGUGGAUGAGAGAAAAGGUUCACUCCUGGUACUGCCGCUGCAUGAUGCUCGCUGGAGAGUCUUUGGCAUUCUAGGACUUGACACUCUUCAGGACCAGUGUGAGAAAACCAUCUUUCUGACCCAUGAGAUCAGCUUCUAUCAGGGAGUUUCUCAUGCAUUCAGCAAAGCCUACCACCACAUCUGCACACUGGAAAAUGUUCUACAAAUGACUGUUACUGCUCUGGAGUGGUUGUAUCCCAGGGCACCCAGCAUCCACACUGUUAUUGCGUACCUGGUGGAGCCUGGCAAAGACAAGACAUGGGACUACGCUCUGCGCAAGAUGAUUACUACAGAUAAUACAGGACAAAAAGAAAUUCAUAGCUCUCCUGUUCUUCUCCUCAGAAAAGAAAACCACUUAAGAGAUUACCUAUUUAAGUGUGUAGACAGUUCGGAGGUCAUUCGCACUUCUGUCUAUGGAGAAUACCACAUCGCAGUACCUCUCCGUGACCUGUCAGGACAGGCUCUUGGCAUAUUUGAUAUCAGCAUGGGACACCACCAGAAAUUACCACCUCUUGAAAACGAAGACCUGCAGAAAAUGCUAAAGAUGGCCCAAGCCGCCUGCUCUGAGAUACUGAAGAUGUCUUUAGACGAAACAGAACCAGCCUAUGUACUGGAGGCAGAACACAUGGCAAAUUUGAGGCAUGCAGGGAUUCUUCUGUUCCACCGGUUCAUGCUGCAGGACUUGCGCGAGUGCGUCCAGAGACUCGAUGCCGAGAGCUUUGCUGAAAUAAAGAGCUAUGUAGAACCGCCAGCUCUGGUACAUAACAUAGUUAAGGCUGUACUGUUGCUUUUCCAUCCAAACUGGAAGGGCUCAGAGAAGACUGAGAACUGGAGUCAGUGUAAACUGAAACUUGAUGACAAUUUGAUUCAGGAGAUUUAUUGCUUUGAUCCAACUGCUGCAUCUGUGCAAGUUCAAGCAGAGCUGCUGCUGGACUGCAUCACUGGUGUACCCAGAGCGGCGGUGCGGCAGCACGGCUCAGUCUACCUGUACCACUGGGUACGGACCUGCCUCUCACUAGCAGCCAUCACAAGGAGCCUACGCAGUGAAAAAACUCCGUCUUUAGCCCCUUUUGGCAUCCAGUUCUGCUGUGCCUCCAAUUAA